AGAGAGAGAGACCUGCAUUUUCAGGACCUUGGAGAGCUCCCUCCUCUUCCUUUUUCCCCCGGAGCUCUCGCGAGAUCCGCUUGCAGUGGAGGGCGAAGGAGUGGAGAGUGAGUGGGAGAAGGCGAGGAGGCAUCCGUGGGGCCUAAGGCUCUUACGGUGGUGUGACAAGUUAUUCUCCAAAGUUGUGAAGGGCCAAACGACACCAUGGGAGAAAACAAUUUCCCCCCUCUCCCGCGAUUCAUCCCCUUGAAGCCUUGUUUCUACCAAGAUUUCGACGAAGAGAUCCCACCGCUCCACCGGACCACCGUCAAACGCCUUUACUACCUCUGGAUGUUGAAUAGCAUCACUUUGGCCGUGAACCUGAUCGGCUGCCUUGCCUGGAUGAUCGGAGGCGGCGGAGCGGUUAACUUUGGGCUGGCCAUUCUCUGGCUUAUUCUCUUUACUCCCUGCUCCUAUGUCUGCUGGUUUAGACCCAUUUACAAAGCCUUCAAGACAGACAGUUCCUUCAGUUUCAUGGCGUUUUUCUUCACUUUCAUGGCCCAGCUCGUGAUCAGCAUCAUCCAGGCAGUCGGCAUCCCUGGUUGGGGAGUCUGUGGCUGGAUCGCGGCAAUAUCCUUCCUUGGCACCAAUGUGGGCUCGGCUGUUGUGAUGCUCAUCCCCACCGUCCUCUUCACGGCGAUGUCCGUCUUCUCCUUCAUCGCUCUCAGUAUGGUGCAUAAGUUUUACCGAGGAAGCGGCGGGAGCUUCAGCAAAGCGCAAGAGGAGUGGACAACGGGCGCCUGGAAGAACCCGCACGUCCAGCAAGCGGCCCAAAACGCGGCCGUGGGGGCCGUCCAGGGCGGCAUGAUGCAGCACGAAACACAGUAUUCGGCCACCCCUAACUAUAACUACCCCAACGACAUGUGAGAGCCGAUCCCGAUGAGAAAGAUCCCGGGGAGAUUGGGAGCCCAAUGGGUUUGUGGCCGGAGCUGGGUAGGAAGAACUGGGACGGGAGCGUGUGUAUGUAUGUAUGUAUGUGUGUUUGUGUGUAUGUCCGGAUGUAUGUUUCCGUGAAUGUGGGUUACGGGGUGGGAAAUCUUCCGCUGUACAGGAGGGAUGGGUCUGUAUCAUAACUCCCUCGAUAGCCAGGAGGUGCUUCAGAGUCUCCUCUUGAUUCCUUUUACCCUCAACUAUGUUCCUCAAUAAUCGUCCACGGAGAUAAUCUCUUUGAAGAAGUUGCGAGACAGUUGUAUUGUGCCGUGGUGACUGUAUGUGUGUGCUACAUUUUUCUCUUUUGUGAAAUAGUGUACAGUGGUGGGGUUUUUUUUCCUCUUAAAUUUACCGUGGUGAUAGCUGGUGUUUAUAGUACUCUGGGCACCAAUGUUGACAGUCCAAUAGUGGCCCAAAGAUGGAUUUCGUGGCAAAUGAUCAUUCAUGAUUCUGACGAUCAUUCUGUCCUUAUUAUUUGAUUCUAUGAUUCCAUGACUGUACAUGACAUUGUGUUGUCAUGGCCGGGAUCACAUGUUUGUUGUGUGUUUUCCAGGCUGUAUGGCCAUGUUCCAGAAGCAUUCUCUCCUGAUGUUUCACCCACAUCUAUGGAAAACAUCCUCAGAGGUUGUGAGGUAUAUUGGAAACUAGACAAAGGAGUUUAUAUAUCUGUGGAAGGUCCAUACAUUCGGGAAAACACACAACAACUCUGUACAAGACAUUGCCAAUAUUUGGGCACUUUGGCUAUCUCCUUCCAUGCCAAUGGGCUCUGCUUCCCAUUGAAAUUCUAUUUUCAGCAUCUAUUUGAGAGGUACUCCCACCUCCCUGUGCAUUCCAGCCAAAUCUAUAGGCAUCUGCCUCAUUUUUUGGAUCAGAUGGAAUGAGUUGGAGAUUUCUCUCCUUUUGUUAUGAACGUUUAUGCCAUUGACGUUAGGAGUGGAGCGGUUGAGCCAGAAAUAUACAGUGUUAUAACAACAAAAAUGACAAAGUAGGAUGUAUUUUACUUCUUGCUAUGUGCAAAGGCUAGCUCAGGCAUGGGCAAACUUGGGCCCUCCGGGUGUUUUGCACUUCAACUCCCACAAUUCCUAACAGCCGGUAGGCUGUUAGGAAUUGUGGGAGUUGAAGUCCAAAACACCCGGAGGGCCCAAGUUUGCCCUUGCCUGAUCUACACGAUAGAAUUAAUGCAACUUAGUGCUUUAACUAUCAUGUUAAACCACAUUAAUUCUACAGUGUGGAUGCACCCCAUGCAAUGCUAAAUAUUUGAGGAACUGAAAGAAAAUAUUGGCAAUACCCUUCUCCUUGGGGAAAAAACAGCAAUCCAAUGGAGAAAAGGAUGCUGGCAAUCUCUCUGUGCGUUUGUUUUCACUGACUCCCGAAAUAGCCCUGGUGCCAUGAGUAAUCUUGUCAACACAUCUAGUUCACAGCAGAGGUUUUUUUUUUCCUUGUAAAAAAAAAUUAAAAAAAAGAAUGAGUUAUAUAUUAACCAAUGGGGAAAAGGGGGAAAUUUUAAAUAUCGGGACCACUUGUGAUGAUCAUUCCGUGUCUGUCCCCGACGAAACAGUGUCAACCUGGAGAUGAACGAAUAAAGCAAAUUAUAUUGAAA